CAUUUUUUUUUCCAAUCAGGAGUCUUGAGCUGUCACUGAGAGAGAAAACAAUAUCUAGGAGACAAAAGAAAAGGAGUUAGAAAAUAAACACGCGUAUUAACGCACACCUCUGGUACAAAACGGCCUUGUUGAAUUCUGAUCAUUCACUAAUAAUUAGUUCAAAUCUUUAAUAACGCUCGACAAAAUGUCACCUUCCCUGAAUUGUCUUUCCUCACAAACAUCUCCUCGUCUUGAUGACUAUUCUUCCUGGCACGGCUUCAGUCAGAUUGAGUUCACACACACCUGGAGAAGAGAAUACUGACGGUGAGAGAACUGGAUGAGAGAAAACAGACAACCUUCUGCGCUACUGAUAAGAAAAAGGGCUUCAAAUUGGAAGAUAAGAGAAUUCUGCACAUACCGGAUCGGCUCGGGUCAGAGUAUAAAAGUCACAACCUUGGCGAUGACCAAUUAUUAGAGAAUUGCUCAUUCACAUAUGGGAUGUUUGGUUGAGUCGUGCACGCUAAUACACUGUAAACACACACACCGCAUCGAUCUGAAGCGUUAUAGCGUCCACUGAUCAGCACUAAAAAUGGAGUCUGUUCAUAUGACGACGUCCUGUUCCACGACUCUGACGCUCACGACGUCUUUGCUGCUCCUGUUUGCGUCACAGUUUUCAGGAGUGAGGUCAAUUCAGUCAGUGCUGGAGAGCAAUUCUACUGAAGAGUAUGUGGGAUCCACCUUCAUCCAGGAGGCUUUGAGGAGAGCCAGAGAGCUAACGGAUGCUGCUUAUGCACGGACUAAUGAGAGAGUCAAGAUGUCUGUAAAAGAAGGUUCUUUUCGUCCCACUGACCUGCUGGCUCAGUUUAAACAGAUCGGCACCGGUACGAGGGCGCACAUCAGAGCUGCUGAGCUGCUGGAUAACACAGUGGAACUCAUCAGAGAGAUGGUGUACACACACACUAUGGCUCAGCCUAAACACACUGAGCUGUUGAGCCAGGAUGACGUGGAGAUUUUGUUGGAGGCUACAGGUUGUUCAGCAGAGAUCAAGAGACCUGCGUGCAAAGGCGACUGCCUUUCAGAGCGCUACCGCACCAUCACUGGCCACUGCAACAAUAGGCAGAAUCCACUGCUUGGAGCUGCUAAUACUCCGUAUGCUCGGUGGCUUCCACCAGCGUAUGAAGAUUUUCAUGGUACACCCAGAGGAUGGAACCCCCAACAUACCUACCGUAACUUUACCUUGCCUCCAGUUCGAGUUGUGUCACAGGAGGUGUUGUACACCCAGAACGAGAAGAUCUCUUUGGAUUUGUCUCUGUCACACCUGCUGGUGGAGUGGGGGCAGUGGAUUGACCAUGAUCUGUCACUGACCCCUCAGAGCCCCAGUACGGCUUCGUUCAGGACCGGAGCAGACUGCACUCGCACCUGCAGCAGAGACACGCCAUGUUUCCCCAUACAGAUCCCUCUGACAGACCCUCGUCGCAGUGUUCAGAGCUGCAUGCCGUUUUUCCGCUCAGCUCCCAGUUGUAUAGAUGCCUCGGUCGUGUGUCGUCAUCGAGAGCAGCUGAACGCCAUCACAGCCUUCGUAGAUGCCAGUAUGGUGUACGGCAGUUCAGACGAUCUCGCUCGCUCUCUGCGUAAUCUGUCCUCUCCUCUAGGCCUACUCAAACACAACCAGCUGCAUGCAGACCGAGGACUUGCCUACCUGCCCUACCUGCCUCGAACACACACCCAACUAGACCCAUGUGCACCACGAGAAGGUUCCAACACAGGGAAGAACACAACGUCUAUGGGUAACUUGACCUUCUGCUACCUGGCAGGUGAUUCUCGGGCUAAUGAGCACUUGGGGAUGAUUGCUCUCCACACACUGUUUCUGAGAGAGCAUAAUCGAUUAGCCAUGGAGCUCCAUAAGCUCAACCCCUACUGGAGCCCUGAUACACAGUAUCAAGAGGCCAGGAAAAUUCUUGGAGCUGUCCAUCAGGUCCUGACAUGGGAUCGCUAUUUGCAACAUAUUCUGGGGCACGGUGCAUUUUCCGAACUCAUGCCCCCCUAUCAGGGUUAUGACCCUGAAACUGACCCCAGCAUUACCAACGGUUUCUCCACUGCUGCCUUCCGCUUUGCCCAUGUGACCGUACAGCCCAUAGUGAACCGACUAGGACCCGCAUAUCAGCUUGACCCUAAACAUCCACCAUUGCCUUUACACCACUCACUGUUUGCCUCUUGGAGGGUGGUAGAAGAAGGUGGUAUAGAUCCAGUGCUGCGGGGUUUGUUGUUGUCCCCAGCUAAACUCCAGGCUCCUGAGCAGAUGAUGGUGGAGGAGUUGACUGAGAGACUGUUCCAGGCUCAUGGUGGGCUGCCGCUGGACCUUGGGGCUCUAAACCUGCAGAGGGGCCGUGAUCACGGCCUUCCUGGUUACGGUGCAUGGCGAGAGUUUUGUGGCCUUUCUGUCCCUGCGAAUGAAUCCGAUUUAAUAGAAAUUCUGCAGAACGUAGGUUUGGUGCGUAAGCUGCUUGCUCUGUAUGGUACAGCCUGGAAUAUUGAUGUGUGGGUGGGUGGUAUCUCAGAGCCCCCUGUGUCUGGUGGGAGAGUUGGGGCUCUGCUAUCCUGCCUGAUAGCCAAACAGUUUCGUGCACUCAGAGAUGGAGACAGGUUCUGGUGGGAGAGAGAGGGUGUGUUCAGCUCUGCUCAGAGACGUGCACUGCGUACGGUGUCUCUCUCUCGAAUCAUAUGUGACAACACACACAUCUGCCUGGUGCCCUCAGACCCAUUUGUAUGGACGCUCCACCCUGACGAGCUGCUACCGUGCACGCACCCAAACAUCACACACCUUAAUCUUUCUGCAUGGAAGGAGCCAGACACUGAUCCAGUGUGUGGCUCCAUUCCUCGACUGAAACUGGGUUUCUCUGUGCUGUGUGGUUCAGCAGUGCUGUACCAGUGUCCUUCUGGCUAUCUGCUUCACGGGGCCACCCACGUCACCUGUGACCCAAACACACGACUCUGGACUCCAAACCUACCAACUUGUCAAGAUAUAGACGAGUGCCUCAGUGGGUCUGUCUGUCCACCAAAUCUGCUGUGCCACAACAGCCCAGGUUCCUUCAUUUGCACAGAGUCCACGACAUUUUCUGCAACCUCCGUCGCUGCCGCAGUGGUGACAGUGAUGGGAGGCGUUGCUCUGAUGGCUCUAAUAGUGAGUUGCUAUAAAAGGUUUUUCAUUAAAAAAGGAAGAGUCAGCAGAAUAUGCUGUAAUAAGAAAAACUGAACCGAAGUUAAGAGGGGGCACGGUGGCUUAGUGGUUAGCACGUUCGCCUCACACCUCCAGGGUUGGGGGGUUCGAUUCCCACCUCCGCCUUGUGUGUGUGGAGUUUGCAUGUUCUCCUCGUGCCUCGGGGGUUUC